AUGUCGGUGGCGGGUCAGCAGAUCCAAAAGGUGUACAGCGAGUGGUGCGUGAAGGCCGCCGAGAUCAUUUUGGCUGCCCGCGUGGACAGCCCCUGUGUGCCUGGGACCCCGCUACAGAAGUCUUCCAGUUUCAAUCUGCAGGUCCCGGAGCUCUUUAACGUCCGCAGCGAGGCUAUCGCGCGGCCGGAGUUUUUUCAGCUGAGGACGCAAAGGUCGUUCCAGGUUGAGAUCUACCUCAAUGAGGAGGACAGCAGUGAAGAGGGCGAGCUCUUGGAACGCUGGACCUUCACCUUCCUGCCGGCUCCGCACCCGGAGGCCCAGCUGGACAGGCACAACCAGUGCCUCAUCCGAAAGCUGACGGUGGUCCUUCGUACCUUGCUCUUCUUUGUCCGGCUGCAGCCGGCACACGGCCUUUGCCGCGGGCCCGCGCCUGCCAGGUACCACCGCUUCCGUGUGGAAGCAUGGCCACCCACCCGCACACCGCUGCAGGAGCUGGUGUCCCAGGACUUUGUGACGCUUCAAAGCACCGUGGGCACUUUGCGGCUCUCCGUGUCCCAGCGGAAGGACAUGAAGUCCUUUGCCAACGCCAGCCCUCUCAAAGGAGUUGCGGCCAUCUCCUCGCAAAUGGACAAGAUCGAAAUGGAGGAAGGCUUCUUCGCUCCGAGCGCCUCUUGUUCCAGUGAGGCUCGGUGCCUGGACAAGAUCCCGGAAGAGCCGGAGGCGAGAGGUGAUGCAGGUGAGGUCCCAGAGUCACAGGAUGGCAUGGCCGCGCGGAAUACAGACGCCGGCGUGUUGGCUCGCAGUGCGGCCGCCGGCGCAGGCCCUGCAGCUUCCGUGAGUUCGCGGUCAAGUCAUGCGACGCCCUCGACGACACAGGAGAGCCGGAGCCUGGUGCAGGCGCUGAGAGGUCGGUGUGCGAUUCCCUCGCAGGCGAUGCCAAAGGCCAAGGAGCCGACGACUUGA